AUGCCCAUGCUAGUCGUCCCAGGUAGAACCUCAGCGCUGUCCGACUUCCGUCUGCGUGUGCUGACCGAGAAGCUGCCGUUCCCGCCGGGCGCCGUCAGCGCGAUCCACACCCACUACGUGCACUUCAUCGACCUGGCACCCGAGUACGCGGCCGAGAACGCCAAGGCGCUCUUGGACUCGGCGCUCAGCAACCACAGCCCCGUGGUGGCCAACGCUGUCAAGGGCGAGACCGUCGAUGAGCGCAACGAGCGCGAGAUCUGGGUGUUGCCGAGGAGCGGCACCAUCAGCCCGUGGUCGUCCAAGGCCACGGACAUCUUUGCGCUCUGCGGGCUGGGCAAGAGCGUUGUCCAGCGGGUGGAGCGCGGCGUUGUCUAUCGCAUUGCGUUCAACGAGGCUUACAAGAUCACCAUCGAGCACCUGGCCGCAGACAAGCGUAUCAUCGACGCGGGAUCCGACCGCAUGACGGAGAUCCUGUAUGGGGGCUGCCCGCCGGCUGCAAGCAUCUUCCAACAGGCCAGCGCGCGGCCCCUGCGCGCAGUACCCAUCCAGCAGCAGCAGACACGUGCCGUGGCGCUGCUGACGCGCGCGAACCGCGAGCUCGGCCUGGCGCUGGCUGAAGACGAGAUCGCGUACCUUGUGGCAGCGUUCCUGGGCCAGCAUGCGGCGCGCGAGAGCAUUGCCCGCAACCCGACCGACGCCGAGCUGAUGAUGUUUGCGCAGGUCAACAGCGAGCACUGCCGGCACAAGAUCUUUGGCGCGACGUGGACUAUCGACGGCCAGGUGCAGACACAGUCGCUGUUCGACAUGAUCAAGGCCACGCAGAAGGCGCACCCCGAGCACGUGCUGUCGGCCUACUCGGACAACGCCGCCGUCCUGGAGGCCUACGAGGCCGAGAGGAUCCGCUCGUGGGCGCCUGUCGCCGCCGACAAGCAGCGCUGGGCGCUGGAGGCCGCGCCCGGCGGCAUCCACAUUGUGGCCAAGGUCGAGACGCACAACCACCCGACGGUCAUCUCGCCCUUCCCAGGCGCGGCCACCGGCACUGGCGGCGAAAUCCGCGACGAGGGUGCCGUCGGCGUCGGGUCGCGGCCCAAGUGCGGCCUGGCCGGCUUCACGGUCAGCGACCUGCGCGUGCCCGGAUAUGCCCAGCCGUGGGAGGCGGCCACGGCAGACGUCGGCUUUCCAGCGCACGUCUCGUCGGCGCUGGACAUCAUGCUCGAGGCGCCGCUGGGUGCGGCCGCGUUCGCCAACGAGUUUGGGCGGCCGGCAAUCCUCGGCUACUUCCGCACGCUGCUGCAGCGCGUGCCCACAGCUUCGACGUCGUCUUCAGCGCUGGAUCUCGCCCUCGACGAGCCCGAUUAUGAGUGCGAGGUGCGCGGCUUCCAUAAGCCCAUCAUGAUUGCCGGCGGCAUGGGCAGCGUGCGCGCCGAGCACGUGCUGAAAACGCCCUUUGCACCUGGCUCGCAGCUGAUCGUCAUGGGUGGGCCGUCGAUGCUCAUUGGCCUCGGCGGCGGCGCGGCGUCGUCCGUGGCCGGCGGGUCGCAGGCAGCCGAGCUGGACUUUGCGUCGGUGCAGCGCGGCAACCCCGAGAUGGAACGGCGCUGCCAGAUGGUGCUCGACGCGUGCACGGCGCUGGGCAGCAGCAACCCGAUUGCCUUUGUGCAUGACGUCGGCGCCGGUGGACUGAGCAAUGCGCUGACCGAGCUGGUGCACGACAGCGGGCUGGGCGCCGAGAUUGAGAUCCGCGACGUGCCCUGCGCUGACACGUCACUGUCGCCGAUGGAGAUCUGGUGCAAUGAGUCGCAGGAGCGCUACGUGCUGGCCGUCACCGCGCAGCAGCUGCCCGUGUUCACGCGCAUUGCCAAGCGCGAGCGCUGCCCCUUCGCCGUCGUCGGCACCUCCAUGGCCGAGACGCGGCUGCGCGUCAGCGAUCGCUCGUCGGGAGGCCUGGUCAUUGACCUGCCGAUGGACGUGCUGUUUGGCAAGCCGCCACGCAUGACCCGCGACGCCGACUCGCUGGUCGCGCCGCGCGUCGCCUUUGACGCCAGCCUGGGCCGCUACCUCGGAGGCGGGCCCGCGCUGUCGGUUGCUGGCCGCCUCGCUGUGGCCGUCGACCGCGUGCUCAGGCUGCCCUGUGUCGGAUCCAAGUCGUUCCUGAUCACGAUCGGCGACCGCUCGGUCACCGGCUUGGUCGCGCGCGACCCGAUGGUCGGCCCGUGGCAGGUGCCCGUCGCCGACGUUGCCGUGACGGCCAGCAGCUACGAGCCGCACGUGCGCUCUGGCGAGGCAAUGGCCAUGGGCGAGCGGCCAACCCUGGCAGCCAUCGACGCUGGAGCCGCGUCGCGCAUGGCAGUCGGCGAGUCCCUGCUCAACCUGGCGGCCGCGGCGGUGCCGGACCUCGAGUGGGUCAAGCUCAGCGCGAACUGGAUGGCGGCAGCGUCGCACCCGGGCGAGGGCGCGCGGCUGUAUGCGGCCGUGAGCGCGCUGAGCGUGGUGUGUCAGGAGCUGGGCAUCAGCGUGCCUGUCGGCAAGGACUCGAUGAGCAUGCAGAUGCAGGGGGCCGGCAGCGAGCGCGUCACCGCGCCCGUCGCGCUGGUCGUCACGGCCUUUGCCGCUGUCAGCGACACGCGCGCGACGCUGACGCCACAGCUGCAGCCGCGUGGCGCGCUGCUCUUUGUUGAUUUGGCCGGCGGCAACCGCCGCCUGGGCGGGUCGGCGCUGGCGCAGGUCUUCAGCCGCCUCGGCGCGCAUGCACCCGACGUCGCCGAUGCGGGCCAGCUCAAGCGCUUCUUCAACGCCAUGCAGGCGCUGCGCCCGCACGUGCUAGCCUACCAUGACCGCUCGGACGGCGGCCUGUUGGUGACCCUGGCCGAGAUGGCCUUUGCCGGCCACGUUGGCGUCGACGUUGACCUGGGCACGCUGGCCGGCGACGGCUCGGACGCCGCCGAGGUCAUCGGGACACUGCUCAACGAGGAGCUCGGCGCCGUGCUGCAGGUCGCCGAGGAGGACGUCCCGCUCGUCACCGGCGCGCUGCUGGAAGCCGGAAUUGGCUCGCUGCGCAUCGGCUCGGCCGGGUGCACAGACGCGCUGGGCGCCGAUGUUGUGCGCGUGCGCUGUGGCUCGGAGGUGGUCUUCGAGCGCUCGCGCGCCGAGCUGUGGGCGGCGUGGGCCGAGACGUCGUUCCGGCUGCAGCGCAUGCGGGACAACCCGCACUGCGCCGACGAGGAGCGCUCGCUGCUGGUGAACGACGCCGACCGCGGCCUCAAGUACGCACUGACGUUCGACCCGGCGCAGACGGCACAGCUGGUGCCGCGCGACCACGAGCUGCUGGCGGGCGGCGCGCGGCCGCGAGUGGCCGUGCUGCGCGAGCAGGGCGUCAACUCGCACGCCGAGAUGGCGUACUCGCUGCACCAGGCCGGCUUUGCGGCCGUCGACGUGCACAUGUCCGAUGUGUUCGGCGGCGCCGUGUCGCUGGCCGACUUUGCCGGCCUGGCGGCCGUCGGCGGCUUCUCGUACGGUGACGUGCUGGGCGCUGGCGCCGGCUGGGCCAAGUCGAUUCUGAUGUCGCCGGCCGUGCGCGCGCAGUUCGCCGCCUUCUUUGCGCGCGCCGACACGUUCGCGCUGGGCGUGUGCAACGGCUGCCAGAUGCUGUCGAACCUGCGCGACAUCAUCCCCGGCACGCAGAGCUGGCCGCACUUUGUCGCCAACGAGAGCGAGCAGUACGAGGGCCGCGUCGUGCUGGUCGAGCCCGUCGCCCAGGCUGCUGCCGCAAGCGUGUUCUUUGCCGACAUGGUUGGCUCGCAGCUGCCCAUUGUCGUCGCGCACGGCGAGGGCCGCGCGACCUUUGCCGACGACGCGGCGCGCGCGCGCUUUGUCGCCGAGGGCCUGGCCGCUGUCAAGUACGUCGACCGCACGACGUACGCGCUGAGCGACGAGCGCGUCGCGUACCCGAUGAACCCCAACGGUGCCGACCUCAACCUGGCCGCCGUCACCACUGCCGACGGGCGCGUGCUGGCCAUCAUGCCGCACCCCGAGCGCGUCGUGCGCACCGACGCCAACUCGUUCAUGCCCGCCGAGCACCUGGCCGCCUGGGAGCACGGCCCCUGGGCACGCAUGUUUGUCAACGCGCGCCGCUGGCUGCUGGCCGCGCAGCGGAUCUAG